CCUAGCGGACGGGUUGCCAUUUCCGUUCCUGUAUGCUAUAAGCUGAACGAACUGCAAACUCUAACUACCUAGUAUGGAACCUCGCACUUUCUACCUCCUUGUUCUGGCCACAAGUGUACAAGGUUUCUCCUGGGAGGCCAACCUGACAAAAUAUCUGACGACAGAUUAUGACGUGGAACCCCGGCCAGUCCUCGACCACAGACACGCCGUCAACGUCACGUUUGACGUAGCUCUGGCCAAAAUAGUCAGUGUGGAUCCACUGACGCAGACAUUCGAUACCAACUUGUGGAUCAGAAUGUACUGGACAGACGAAGUCCUUCGCUGGAACUCGUCAGAGUGGGGAGACACGACAGUCGUCAGGAUCAGCAGCGAGAGGAUAUGGCGUCCUGACAUCCUGCCGUACAACAGGUGGGCGGGCAGGUUUCUACGUAACGUUAAAGCCAGCAUCUACGUCAUGACUUAA